CGCACCCGGCGGCGCCCGCUAGCUGGCACUGCCUGUAGGACUCGCUAGUUACUAGUCGGCUGUAAACGUAAACAAGCACACUCGACAAUCGACAUAUUCAUUUGGUCGCAUCCUUUUGUUUACGUGUAGAUUUACUAGUCGAGUUACGAGUAGAGUGCAGGUGUAGUUUUGAUUGCGCGUCCUCACCGAUAUUCCCUGGACCCGGGGGCUGUGCCGGGGGGGCUGUGCCUGGGGGCUGGGAGUGCUGGGAGUGAAUCCUAAUUCAUACGGACGAGUGAUCUGUCUCAGGCUACCUGUCGCGGCAGCACGCGCCGCCGCCGCCGCUGUCGCCCUCCUCCGCCUCCACCUCGUCUCUGCUGAUGCUCCGGGCCAAGCUGACGGCCUUCCCCGGCGCCGUGUACGACAAGGAGCCGGUCGGCGUGUGCGCCGCGCCGCAGCUCUCCGACCUCACCGAGGCCACCGAGCCCGACCUCGGCGGUGCCCCGCGGACUGCGGCCCGCCCCGGCGCGAUAGACACGAGCGGCUCCUCCCGGGAUACCCGACACAAAAUCGCUCCGUCCCCCGUCGCCGAGGACGACGAGACUGACGUGAGCCUCCUGCUCGUCGCCGCGACCGGGGACGCCGGGGACGCGGACAUCGUCGACCUGCUGGCUCGGGAGGCGCUGGGGCCCGAGCGCCCGGCCGCCGCCCCGCCCGCCGUCCUGCCCGCCGUCCCGCCCGCCGCGCGGGGGCCGACGAUCGUCAGCGACACGACCACCGGCGACUCCACCGUCGACUACGUCGAGAACACCCCGCUCGACGUCCUCGAGCGCGGCGACCGGCCGAGCUUCGACAACCGAGACGUAGAAAACUUUUUCUCCCGCCAUCUGGCCGAGAACGGAGACCGCGACGUCGCGGUGAGCCCCGCGCUCGCGAGGAGGAUCAACAGGAGCAGCUUGGAGUCCAGCGCCGGCGACGUCGCUUCGACGCCGAGCUCGGCCCACGGUAGUCGCGGGGUGGACCGGGACGUUUUGGAUUGUUUGAGUAAAAUGUUGGAUGAAGUUUGCGAACAUUUAGAUAGAUGCGUGGGCUACCUCCGGGCGGACGAGCGCCGCGACGCGAGACCGACGAUCGAAGACGUCGCCGAUCCGAGCGGCGCCGGACCGAGCGAGAGGAGAGUCGAGGAGAGAGCAUCGAAGAAAAUAAAACUUAAAUUCGCUGCGAGGAGUCCGAGAGUCGCUAGGAAGGGUGGGAAGGGUGGGCCCCGGAGGAGGAGAGACGUAUCGGAGCCGGCUCCGCGAUCCACUCGGGUAGAAAACGACAAUCGGGACCCGGAGGUGAAUCCGCACGAGGUGAUCCGUGAAAAACGAUCGAAAAAUAGUUGUGACGAAGCGCCUCCCUGUAGAACUCCGCAGACGCGCCGCAAGAGAAAGUUAUACUCGCCGAAGGACGUCGUGGACGAUAGCGCUUCGAUCGCCCCCCGGGAGAGCGAGGCCGACGGGUGUAAGAAAUUUUUGGACGCGCCCUACAAGGAGAUCGAGAACAUAAGAAAUAAAUCUUUGAUCGAGAGUCGCAAAAAGAUUCGAACGCCGCUGUCGAGCGUCCCCCCGCGGGCUCAGAGAUUGAACGACAUCUUCGACAGUUUAAAAAAUACGAUCGAGGGCGAAAGGAACAUCACCCUCGUCGCCCGAAACACCCGGAACAGGGGGGCCGUCUACAACUUCCCCAGCGACAGCGACGACGAGGACUUCCGGGCGAAGGAGAACGCGGUCGCGACCGGACGGCGCAAAAAGCGGCCGGCGAGGAAGCCGCCCGCGGGCCGAACCCGACGGAGGCCCGCCGGGAGAGGCGCCAAACGGGACCGACCGCCCGUCGAGCUGGAGCGAGCGCGGACGGCUCCGUCGAGUCCUUUGGAAAUAUCCUUCGAAGCGGAGCGGCCCAGGGAGCCGGCCGGCGGCGACCCCGAACCCGCGGGUACCUCGCAGCCCGCGAUGGAAUUCGUCGCGACUGACAGAGACGACGGGGACGCGAUCGAAAAACGCAGCGCGAGGCCGCGUCGAAAACGGCGAGACCCCGAGCGCCCUAGUGAAAGCCGAGGCUCGAAUAUAUCGACGUCGGCCCGACCGGUCGACGGGGACGUCACCGGAAGCCCGCUGCCGGGGCUGGUCGUCGAGGAGAUCCGCGCGGCUGACGACGUCAACGCCGCGUCGAUUUGCAACCUGGAGGGCCUCGACAUCACCGCGGACCGGCUCGCGCUCGAUAGAUCGCUUAGCUCACCGGCCGACACGCGACCCCGCUCCCGGCUCGAGCGGAAUUCGCCCGACGCCGCGCCGAGCGGGAGCCGAGCCGGGAAAAAACGUCAACUAUCCACGCGGAAAAGAAAGCCGGCCGACGCUCCGGUGAAACGGUGCCCCCGAUUACCCGCUCCCGAAACGAGGGCGUCGACCGACGACGCCGACCGCCGCGCCGCCGACUCGGACACCGGCUCCGAGAGGUCCAUCGCCACGCUCGGGAAGUCGCCGAUAACGGCCCACGGGGACGUCGACGAGGCGCCGCCGAGCGCGCGCCUGCUGGCCCGCCCGCUCACCGAGCGCCGGGCCAUCGAGGCGGUCGACCUGAGCGAGACGCUGCGGGCCUACUACGACGAGCUCGCCGGGGAGAUCGAGCGCCGGGGGGGGACGAGCGGCGGCAGCUCGGGGGGCGGCUCGGUUUCGAACCAAUCUCCGGUCGUCCUCGUGGCCCGGCUGUCCCCGGAGGUCAUCGGCGGGUGGACGCCGGCCCGUCUCGCCUCGGCCCGAAGCUCCUCCGGCGUCGUCGCGUCCCGGCCGACGUCGAGAGGGGUCGCCUCCGACGCGCGCCGCGAGCGCAUCUCGACGAUAUCGCCGAUCCUGCCGUUCGGUGACGGCGACGUCGGUCGCGGGAGGACGAGCGCACGGUCGCGCGAGGGGAGCGGCGCCGCGAAGGAGCCGGCCCGGCAACCUCGUAGCCGGCGGAGCGGCAGCACGCCGAGCUCCGGCGGGUACGACCCGAGAAGUAGCCGCCGAGGCCGCCGAGGCCGCGCGGGAGCGGCCAGCCCGGCCGGGAAGGUCGCGCUCGCGCACGACGACGUCCGAAGCGAGUCGCAGAUCGGCUCGGAGGAUUCGCCGUCACCCGCCGAGAGCCGCUCGACGAAGAGGAGGAGGCUGUCGGCGAUGCCGUCGCGCGCCGACGCCGCGUCCGCCGUCAGCGAGUGGGUGUGGAGGAGCGGCCGGGACGCCUCGCCCGAAUACGUGGCGGGGGACGCCGCCUCGCGGGCGCGGGCCGCCGCAGACGCCGUGCUCGAGAAGCUCGACACCACCCUGCAGGAGAUACAUCACAACACCAGUACCAAGUUGGUGAGCAUGUUCGUGGAGGUGGGUCGGGGCGCGGCGGCGCUGCGGGCGGAGCGCGAGCGGCUGUACCGCGCGGCGGUGCGCGACGUGCUCGUCGACGUCGUCGCCGUCAUCGACGCCAAGUUCACGGACCUGGAGCGCAGGUGCGGCGAGGCGACGGCGGCGUGGGAGCGCGGGGUGCGGGCGGCGGCGCGCGGCGUGCUGCGCGACGACUGCCGACAGAAGCGCGACCUGCUGGCGCUGGUGCGCGACGACCUGCGCGCCGACCAGCGCGCCGCGCCGCGCAGCACGCGCUAGCCCGGCCACAUCGUGCACUAUUAGAGUAUCGUCUUUUAAUAAUGCAGCGGGUGAUUGUCGUCAAUUUAAAUUAUUGUUGAAUCAACUCAAAAGGUAAACCUUUUGAGU